AACUACAUGCUCUGCACAAACGUCUUUGCAGUUUGCAGACUGUGCCAAUUGAUCAGAUUGAGGCAGUAUAUCCAUGAGGCAAUAUAACAAAUUCAUUUGCAAGUGAAAGAAAUGCUUAUGCAUCUACUUUUUAUGGUUACAGACUAACAGUUCAGUACUACAGAUGGAUGCAGAUGUAUGAAUACUAAUCAUAAUACCAAUAUUGUAAUGCUGUUUGCGUAAUAAUACUGGUAUUCUCUAAUUUGCAAGGAUCUUCUAUCCCAGGCAUGGCAGGCAAUACCAAGUUAGCUGACUGGAUUAUUAAAUACAUUUGUCAGAUUUGCUAGUAUUAUUUAAAUACUUAUUCUGGAAAAUGGCCAUUAAGCUCCAGACUCAUUGCUUGUUAAUCCCUUUUCUACAGGCUCAUUUUGAUUGCUUCUGUAAGUGUAAAUAUUUAUGGCUUUAUUGAUCUGUAUAUUAUUAUGUAUGGGCUGGUAAAAUGAGGAUAUGAAUCCCUAAUCUCAACUCCAGUUAUGUUAUAUAGAUAUUCACUGCUGAAUAUUAUUCUUCAAAAUCUAGAAAAUACCAAGUAAAUAUAUUCUAGUGAUGAAUGUGUCAGAAUAUAGCCUCAAGUGGAGCAAUCAUGGGAGCUCACUUGCUGCAGCAUCAUGCAACCUGCUGGAGGAUGGAGCUUUGGUGGAUGUCACUCUGGUGGCUGAAGGCCAACAAUUGCAAGCACACAAGCUCAUGUUGGCCUCCUCCAGUACUUACUUCAAACAUAUUUUCAUGAACAACCCUUGUCAGCAUCCUGUGGUAAUCCUACGGGAUGUGCGGGCACUGGACCUACAGUACCUGCUGCUCUUCAUCUACCAGGGCCAUGUCAAGCUACCUCACUUCAGCAUUGCUAGUUUCAUGGAGCUGGCAAAAGCUCUUGAAAUAGUUGGACUGGCCCCAGACCUUCCUUCUUCAAGAAGCAGCCCCGUAAGGAAGAGGAAGCGCUGUGUUGAAGAUGAUACUGCUCAUGACUGCCCCUCUUCUCCACUUCAGCUCAAGACUGAAAUACAGGACAUGCUGGAGGUGCUGCUGGAUACGGACGAUGCUCAGGACUCUAAACUUGUCACCGACGACUGCACCACCUCUGCCAGUUAUGUUAAUUUGGUCCCAAAGCAACCCUCAGUGCAACAACAAAGUAACCAUCAAGAACCCCAGCAAAAACAAAAGUCAGGACAACAUCAUAUGGAUCAACCACGACACAAACAACCUCAACAGAAUCAGGCAGCUGGCGAAGGGGACGCGGCCGGGCCAGGCAGGCCCAUCCUCCCCAAGCCCCCAGAAGACACCCUCCUGUUGGGGCAGAACCUCCGCCUCAGAAUACCGUCGAGCCACCAGCCUGAGUUCCCGCUAGACCCUUCCUGUGCUGGCGUACCGUACCCGUGCCCCUUCUGUGACAAGGCGUACAUGUCGUGGGGCUUCAGGCGGCGACACAUCAAAGUCUGCCACUCGACGCCAGCCCAACUGUCGUGCAAGUGGUGUGCUGGCUCACUACCCUCUACUGCCCUCUGGCAGGCUCACGUACAGCAGGAGCACCAGCUGCCGGCAGCGGCGGCCCAGAACGGCAUCCUCAUCCUGGAGGAGGCGCUGAUGGUGCUGCAGUUCGCGGCGCCCACGCGUCUUCGCUCCAUCAUGCAGCUCCUCAGUCCCUCCACUGGGACUAAAGAUCUUGAGAAUCCUAAGGGAAACCAGACUAAAGAUCUAGAAGAUCUUAAAAGGGAACCAGCUAUUCAGAUUAAAGAUCGUAAAGAUCCUAAGAAGCAAGCUAACCACACUAAAGAAAUGAAGGAUUCUGAUGGAUCUGAUAACACAAGCGACCUGUCAUCCACACGCAUGAAGGAAGCCAACGGAGAGGUAGUACCGAUGGACGGAAAAGGUCUUAGUGUUUCGUAUGUGUCUGAGAGUGAGAAGUCUUCUGUGAAUCAUCCCGAGAAAAAUGAUGUUAAGCGGCCAUCUGCAAUUAGCGGAGUGGAUGUUCAGUGUCCAAGAAGAUUCGUUGAGUCAAAAGUUCAAUGUUCGUGGGAGCCCGACGAGUCUAGCCGUGAGUCUCAACUAGGACCCAGUGAAUGUGUCGGUCUAUGCCCAUCAGAGCAUGACAAAGAUACUGGCCGUCGUCCAUUAGAGGCUAGAGAGCCAGGUAGCCAAGAGGCAUCGGAAGCUAAAAAACCACCCGAGUCUCGCCCGCGUCGAGUGCGCCCUGCGAACAAAUCGCACCAGCAUGUUAGGUGAUGGAGUGGGGAUGGCUUGGUGAUGGAGUAUGCAUGAAUUGAAAGCGCUUGAUUAUCAGGUAUGGAGCAUUAUUGCGUAUCUAUUAUUACAUUAUAUUGCUAAUUCCU